CGGCUGAAGUCGCAAAACUUUUGUUCCAGUUUCGCAACUUUUUGGGGGUUGUGCCUUUGUGUUAUUUUUUACCGAUUUCGUCGAUAAUAAUCUUUCCAGGAGAAAAUUAUGAAGCAACUACUGUUCAUAUUUGUGAUUUGUAGCAUCUUUUGUGGCGUCUUUUGUGGUCUCUGCAAAGAGUGUUUCUACAAUGGUAACUUCACCGAGGGUGAGUCUGUCAACAUCAACGAUGCCAAGAUGGACGAGUUCAGGAGACGGAUCGCCAGACUAGGUCUCGGCUACAAGGAUUAUCUUAAGAACCAGAAAGCGUGCCUCGAGGCUGAGACACACAAUGACGGAGAGGUUGCUAGUCUUCGUACGGCGACUGGAUGGAGUUGUGUGGUUGUGAAUUUUGAAUACCAGCGAACCCAAGCCAUAUUCCGUCGUGCAUAUUACGACAACACCCAGGCGUGUAUAAACAACGUCAAAGAGAAGAUAUCUGAGUAUGAGAAUAACGUGGCUUGCUAUGAGGCCGCAUUGGAAAGGAAUUUGGAGGAAGAUAGGGAUGGCAGGAUUAUUAAGGAUGGUACAGCCGCAUCAUUGAAGGUUUCCGUGGCUGCUAUCACUCUGCCUGUUUUGUUCACAUUUGUUUUUGUUGGACGUUAAGAUUUUUCCCUAUCGGGCGAGAACACUGUCACAGUAAUUUCCAAAUGCAAAUUUACAAAAACGUGCACUCUUGCCGAAAAUAUUUCCUGAUUUGCAGUCGACGAAUUCUGAUUACUGAGUAGGGUUCAAUCUGUCUGGAUACUCUCGAAAGGGGUUGAAAGACCUUUAUAUGAGCUUUAAAGAUUUUUAUCAUUUAGGUAUGAAUCCCAGACCUCAUUAGUUAUAUAAACUAUCUAGGCGGCUGCUGAAUAGAUUGACUUAAUAAGGGGAGGGCGUUUUAUAAAUUUAAGUUCCAUUUUGCUUUGAGUGUCAAGGACAUGUGUGGGCAGAUUGAAUGAAUGAUUUUAAGCUUUUUUAGUGGCAUCAUGAUACUGUCGAAUGCCUUUAUACAUGUAGCUGCCGGUUGUGAUUUGUUUCUCUUUGGAAGACCAGGGAUUUUAAUUAUAUACCACGUACAAUUUUAUCAGGUGUAGGUUUAUUAUCGCAAUCACCAAUGGUAUGGAUUAAGUUGAAUAUCAAAGGCAAUUUCAGAAUUAUUUUCUGUGGCAAAGUAUUCAGAAAUGGCUGAGAUUAAUCAAUUUUAUUGACUGUUUUUUUCCCAGUGGUCUUGGUGAUACAGUUUUUUACAGAACAUUCCAUUAAUUCUUUGAUUUCUGGUGACUAUUAUCCAGUUGUCUUAGUAAGUCUGUUAUAUCAUGUUGUUGCAGUUUUAAAUCGUUGGAUCACAUGUGUUUACAAAUUACUUCAUAAACCCGUCCAAGAUGGUGUGAGUUUAAAGGUGCUAGAUGUCAUGUUUGGGUUUUUUGAUACACCCUGUGAUCAUGUAUCUAAAUGCACUUGUGGCCCAAUACUGCCUGCUGAAUGAUGUCAUCAUACCUUAUCUUGGCCCAUAGGUAGUUUGUUUAUUUGAAUAACCGCCAUGAGAUGAUAACACAGCUAUUAAUCAAUACGCCAUUGAUGUAUCGCUAACUUUUGUAUUUGUAAUCAGUAAUUGCACACAUUGAGUGUUUUUAUAUCCAAUGAAAUCUAUUAUAAAAUUGUUAAA